AGCCUCCCAUUGGCCCUCCGCGGAGGCCCCGCCCUUUCUUCGCACCCCGCCCAGCUAAGCCCCACCCACCCCCGCCAUGCCCGGGCCCGGCGAGGCCUGGAGCCGCGCGGGCCCUUGAGGACGCAGCCAUGGCGCCGCCGGGGCAGGGGGCGGCGGGGCCGCUGGGGCUGCGCUGGUACCAGCUCCCGCUGUCGUCGGCCCGCGCCCCCCGCACGGGCCUCUUCAGCCCCCGCUUCCAGGCCAGCCUGCAGCGCUACCAGCAGCUGCGCCGGCUCAAGCACCUGCGCGUGGGCCGCCCCUUCUCCCUGCCGCCCCCGGGGCUGCUGCCCGCCUCCCCGUCGCCCCCGCCCGCCGCCGCCCCGCCGCCGCCGCCGCCCUGCCGCGACCGGCCCCCACCUCGCCGCCGCCGCCGCCGCCGCCGGGCCGCCCCGCGCCGGGCCCCCGCGUCGUCCCGCCGCCCCAAGGAGGCCCCCAAGGGCGGCGCGGCGCAGGGCGGCUGCAGCUCGCCGGCGUCGCCCGGCUGCCGCCUCGACGGGGACCGCGGGCGCCCGGCGUCCCCCGAGGACGGCGAGGAGGUGCUCAUCCCGCUGCGGGACCUGCUGCUGGCGGGCGACGAGCCCCGGAGCCCCGCGGAGAGCACCCGGCCGGAUCCGCUUGCCGGCAGCCUGGAUCCGUUGGCCAACAGCCUGGAUUCGCUGGUCGAGGAGCAGAGGGAGCGGGGCCAGGCCACCGCACCGUGCGGCAGCCCUGAGUGGGCCCGCGGGGACGCCACCAGCCCGUCGGAGUCCCCGGACGAGGACGCGCCGCUGUCCGAGGAGCACAGGCUCUUCCUGGCCCGCUUCGCCGUCAAGCCGGGCCUCAUCCCGGCCAUGCACCCCGGCGAGCCCGUCUUCAGCGCCCGCCCGCUGCCGCCGCCCGCCCUCGACGCCCGCGGCCUGCAGCCUCAGAGCGCCCUGGAGGGGCUGUUCCUCCGCGCCUCGCCGGCCAGCCAAGCGGCCUUCGUCCGCGAGGGCCACCUCAGCCUGCUGUACCGCUGCGCGCCCGCCUGCCCGCUGCCCGUGCUGCGCUGGCUCUUCCAGGUGAGCCGGGUGCCGCCGCGGCGGGAUACCGCGGCGGUGGGGUGCCCGGACACGGCCAACGCGUCGCAGGCUCUGUGGGAGAUCAACGUGCACCGGCUGAGCACCGGGGCGGAGCCCUGGUGCCCCACGGUGACCGAGAUCGGCCAGGUUUUCUGCCGCCUGGGCGCCGACCUGGGCGCCCUGCACCGCCAGGGCCUGCUGCCGCUGGAGCUGUGCCCUGCGGACAGGAGGCCCCCGGACCCUCCCCAGCGCCCGGGGCCGGCAGCCCCCGAGGCCACCCUGGCCCUGGCGACGCAGCUCGGCGACAUCUGCAAGCUCCUGGCGCUGUGCGUGGUGGCCCGGCCGAGCCGCUACCCCGACCGUGCCCGCCUGGCGCUCCUCACGCUGCUCUGCUUCCUCGGCCUCGACCGGGCGCUGCGCUGCCAGCCCCUGCCCGACCUGCAGCACCUCCUGCACUGCCUGCUGGAGGGCAUCGGGGCCUGGCAGGAGCAGCUGCCCGAUCUCUGCCUGUCCCUGUGCCGCCUCUCCCAGCACCACCACAACCUCGUGGCCGUCGUGCGGCUGUUGCCGGACGUCACGGCUAGGGGAAGGGAGCUUCGCAGGCACCUGAGCCUCUGCAUCAUGGCCCGGCUGCUGGGCGAGCCGCUGGGCACCGUGCUGCCCGGCCGGGCGCACGCGGAGCUGCAGGCUCUGUGCCGUCUCCUGGCGCUGGUGCAACCGGCCGCGCUGCAGCGCUUGGUGCUCGCCGAGUGCCAAAACGAGCCGGACGACCCCGACCAGGAGGCCUGCUACCUGAGCUACAGCCUCCUCAUCCUCGCCAGCGCCGUGGUGGGCACCGAGCGCCGGCGGGACGAGCAGCGGGAUCACCUCAAGCACCUCUGCUCCCAGCUGGACCGGCAGCUCGGGGCCGGCUUCCGCGAAGGCUCCGGCCUCCUCUUCCGCACCCAGCUGAAGGGCUUGGCCACCCUCACCUACAUCAAGUGGCAGGAGCUGCUGGCCCAGGGCCCGUCGUGGGUAAGGGGCACCCCGGGGUGCUGCGGCCCCACGCUGGGGGGGCCAGGUGGGCGCCCCAGUAUGGAGCCGAGCCCCCACGGUGCCCCGUCUCCGCAGGCGCAGCCCUGCCGCGGCUGGCCGGAGCUGUGA